AUGGCGAAAAAUAACGGGGAAGAACCCAGUACAUCUCCACAGCCCGAUCAUUGGUACAACCUAACCCUAGGUUCCUCUUUCAAAGAUGAUAGUUCCACCAAGAAAUUCUGCACUUUAAGAUAUGAGUUCAAGCCUGCACCAAUAGAUAAGAACCAACCAGGGUCUCUUCACAAUAGCAAAGACAACAAGGUAACCGUCGAAUUCCACAACAAUCUACCUGGAAAACCCAAUGUAACUUUUGAAGGUAGUAGUGAGGAUUACAAAGACAAUGAUGUCGUCCUCUUCUUUGAUGGUAGCACUUUCCGUUUGGAGCGCCUUCAUAGAGCUUUUAAGCGGUUGAGGCAUGUCCGACUACCGGGGGAUUCAUUAAACUCUGCUUUGCCUCUCCCUUCCCCCGCUGUGCCCAAUCAGUAUUCAUCUUCUGUGGAUUUCACUCACGCAUGUGCGAUGCACCUUUCGGCUUUUUGUUCCGUUGAAAAACCUAUAAAACGUAGAGUAACAAAUUAA